AUGUCAGAGAUCUCUCGUUCUCGAGCUGAGCAAAGGCAAACUCAGCUCGAUGCUUCGAGGCAGUGUCCGCCAUUUGGAGACGCCUAUUCCGCUCAUGUUCGAGAUCGUCGCGUAACCCUUGCGUUACGCGAUCAAAGAAGCUCUCGGGAACACACGGAUCCCCACGAUCGUGUGGAGAGCGUCUUUACUCCUCCUCUACCUCCAUUGGAGGACUCUCGCGGUGGCCAGCGCUAUCUGGUUGAGCGGCUGUUGAACCACCGCGAUGUGAACGAACGUCGGACGAGUUAUCUCGUCCAAUAA